GAAAAAUCCACGAGGCACGCGCCUGAAGAAAACUUCUGCGAAAUCUUGUGAAAUCAUCAACGUGAAUUUUGUGAGGAGGUAGAAAUUGCCCGUUUCGGCAUCAGAGUGGCUAGUUUGUGAUGAAGAAUUUUUGCAGCAACCAUCAUGCUUUGAAGAUGUAUUCAUCCGCUGUCCUCGCUUUCGGUAGCGAUUGGAAAUUCGAGAAAUUGACGUCAUCCACCGUUGUUCGCCAAAGUUUUGGAGCUCGUCCUUUCCCUGGCAGCAGCACCUCUUGACGGAAGUAGGCUGGAAACGAGACCAUCGAAAAAGGAUCACCGUACGAUUGAGCAGAGUGACCUGCAAGUGUAUUUGGCGCCCUCUGCACUUUCCGCUUCAGGAAGGAGAAGGCGGGGACGAGUAGUAGUUUGUGGCGAGCGUUUUCGUUCGGUACGGUGUUAGUCAAGGCCUUGGCCGAGUGCGUUGUCUACUAAAAACAACAUCGUACGACCGCGACGACCACGACGUCGACGUCGUCGAUUUUAGUGUAAACGGCCGCUUACGAAUACAGUCGUAGGAGUGCAGAAAAUCGACGUAAUCAGCUCUAGACGAGCCUUUUGCUACUUCGAAGGCUUCUGUGACGAGAACUUCCAACAGAUUUUCAAAGCAGUGCAGUCUCAACAAAGUAAACAUUCCGAUAGGGCCCUGUCCGGGUGCACAGAACGAUGGAAUAUUCUAGCAACGACGUGAAACAGUUGUUCAGAUCCGUCUACACGCUAGUGAAGGGGCAGGAUGAACGGAAGGCGGACCUGACGGCCAACGAGAUACUUGAGCCGAGCUUUCAGCUAAGUCAUCGUCUGCUAAUCUCGCAGUGCAUUCAACUGAUAUUCGAAGAUUUCGAGUCGGUUGGUGUGAAAUCGCGCGAAAUUCUUUGGCGCAAGGGCUACUACGAUGUCAUCUCAGUACUCAAGCGCCAAAAAGGCAAUGUCGACGGUGCGGUGUUGCAGCAGGCCGCGGACCAACUCAUCCAAGAAGGAAGCAAUUAUUUCAAGGCCAUCGUUUUGCGGUUUGCAGAGCUAUUUCACCUGGAAACGUUGAAAUAUCUGGUCGAUUUUGCUCUGCUCGACAACUACGAUGACGAUGCAUUGCGCCAGGAGGCGUCAUGCUAUUCGUUGCUGCAGCUACGGAAUGAACCACACGCAACGAGCCCACAGGAGCUCUACACCAAACAGGAGAUAUCGUACGCUCUGGAGACUAUUCACUCAUUGCUGAUUUCGCUGGGUGAUUUGCACCGUUAUCGUUUGGAGUUCGGUCUCGGACAGCGAGCCGAGCUGCGUACCCAAACUCGUAACUUCUAUCUUGAGGCAUUCAAGCUAAACCCCAAAAUUGGAAUGCCACACAAUCAGUUGGGUAUGCUGGUGACCGGACAGAACAACAAUCUCGAUGCGGUGUACCACUACCUUUACUCCCUAUGUUGCGUGAUUCCGUUCGAGUGUAGUGAACCGAAUGUGAAUAACAUCUUCCAGAAAAACAUCCGUCAGCUGGAAAAUGCUGCGGCCUCUGGCGAUGGGGGCCUCGCAGAUGAAGAUCGUACGAUCAAGCAAUUCAUUGCCACCUUUCUCCUCGUGGUGGAUGUUUUCUUCUAUGACAAAAACGUUACGGAUUUCACCGCUCUGUGCCAUUCGGUGUUAAUCGACUUCAAGAAGGCGCUAAGCAUCCGCGAGCUGCUAGGCGAUUUCCUCAUGACGGAUGAUAUGAUCUUCAAGAUCGUCUCAAUAUUGUUCUUUUGCAUGCAUCGCAUCAGGAUGUGUAACUCGGACAAGAUCUACAGUCUGAAUGCGUUCCUCGUGGCACUCUGCUCCGAGCUGCUCGAGUACUGUACGUUAAGCAUUGAGAAAUGCAUCGUGGAAAAGGUACGCGACGAUAACCGUUUUCAAGAGCUGUACCUGGAACGGUAUCAGCAAAAUGAUGAGAAGGUAUUGCGUACCCGAGCCAUGGCCAAGCAUGGGAUGUACUCGAAGGAUCAGAAAUCGUCGUCCGGCGUGGAAGAAGGUACUGGGAGCCAAGACAGUCGAGGUACAAACAGCAAGGAGUGCAUGAACGGCGACAGUAAAAGCAGAGCUCAGCGAGUUGAUUCGGCGAGGAAAACAUCCGCAGCCAAUGGUAUUUCUAUUGGACGAUCGAAACAAAAGCAGACACGUCGUCGUAGGCGAGCCUUUAGCAACGAAAGCGAUACAGAAGAUGAAGAGGUUGAACACCAAGCGGAGGGAGACAGAGAUGAUGAUUAUUCUAAUCGUGAUUUCGAUUCGGAGCACGAUUUCUCCUCUGCUUCGGAAGCAAGCGAAGAAGAUGACAAUGAGGAGGAUGACGAAGAUGAUGAUGAGGAAGAGGAAGAAGAUGGUCAGGAUAUCAUGUCGCUCUCGAGCUACGGUUCAUACGAUUCAACACGCGACGAAGAGCAUCAGGUUGAUCAAGUUCACAAUGGCAAGCAGCAUGGAAAAAAGAAGCAACUGACUGGGCAGCAGCAGAAUGGCGUUGUCGAUGGACACGGCCACGCAAGGGCUGUCCAAGAUGGGGAACAUCUAAAGUUCAAGAAGCGUUACCAAAAGACCAACCCAAACAUCGUAUUAGAAUUUGCAAACACUGACCGAACAAUUCGCUCGUUGAAGAUUCUGUUUGACUGGCUACAUUGCAACAUGGACGUGCUGUUCAACUGCUACCAAUCGAAUCCGGAAUUUGUGGAGAAAAUCAUGAAGCUGUUGAAUUACUUCAACAUCGAUAUCUUUUGUAACCGAAUUUAUUUUUGCCGCGAACUGAUAACGGUUCCCGGUUUGCGUGAAGAUUUGCAAACGAUUUUCGUCGCUCGUCGCACUAUCCCAUUACGUGAGGACAUCGCUAUGAAGCGUUUCCCAUUGUUCGAACCAACCCAGGAAGGGUUACUAUGGGAGACUUCAUACAAGUAUGGAAUUAGCGCGGAAGAUGAAAGUUUGCUGCGUUUGAUGAAGAUGGUUGACUUUGGGUUUGCGGUGCUCAAGACGAAUAAGUUUGACUACUGCUUCGAUUCCAAGACACGUGAGUUCAACCUCCGCUCGGCACGUGGUCGCCAGCCGCGAGUGGCUCAAAAAAAUAAGAAGAAGAAGCAUCAUAGUUCAAAGCGAGAGUGGAAUGGCGGUAAGCAACACUCGAAGCAGCAUUCGAAGCAACAGCAGCAACAUGGUUUCUCGCGCGAUCGUCAACGGCAAGAGAAACGACGCCCUCGGACCGAUGUUAAUGGUGAGCGUCAGCCUCGCAUACUGCAAAACGACGAUGAUGAUCCGGGGGACAUAUUUGUGUUUCCAAGCGAGUGCCGUCGUAAUCGUAUGCGCAACGAAUCACAACAAACGUCUAACCGAACAGGGAACUAUGGUGGUGGGCUGGCUGUUGAGCUGCCAGAGAAACCAGCGAAAAAGAACAUCAGCACAAUGAUGGGCAAACUUUGGCUUGAAGAUCAGGUGAAACAACUCGAAGCGAAGGUUAACCAUAAAGUCGGCGAUGUGUUGCUUACGCCAUAUGUGAUGGUGGAUGCGAAAUGUCUGGCUGAUUACACUUCGAUCGUGAAAAACUUGGUCAAGAUGAAGAAAUUUAUUGUCCUCAUUCCCAAAGCUGUGCUCAGCGAAUUGGAUAAGUUGAAGAAAUGCAACGAGGGCGCCCGCAGUGCGAUCAAGUGGUUGGAGAUUGAGCUCACCAAAGGAAAUCGCUUCUUACGCAUUCAGAAACCCCACGAAACGCUACCGAUGCCACUAGUGAAGAUACCGAAAAAGCUAGAUCGCGAAGGUGCACUAUUUACACAGAUCGUCCAAUUCUGUAAUCACAUUGUCACGACACAGGGCGAUGACGAUGGAUUUGACAUCAUUACCUACCUGUCGGGAGACAGUCUGGCGAACAAGAAGCUCGGCAACGGCAGCAGCUACGUUGGUAUACUGGAGGCCAUACCGGUGAAGUUUGAGCAGAUCGUAACGUUCUAUUCGGCUUAUAAAAGGAAAUGAACAGAUCUCGCAUACAACGCCAUGUGGUCCUUGGUCCUGAGAGCGAACAGUUAGCGAGUUUAAGCAGAGCCAAAACAGCAGAACAACACAGUAACCAAGAAGUAACCGCGCCAACCCAGCAAGAAACCAACGUUCGUUCCCUCGUGUGGUUGAGGUGGACAUCGCUCAGCCCAUUCAAUGGUCGAAAGCGAUGGUGCCAACAUCAUCAUGUCGGCACAGUUCCUUUAACAGUGCUGAGGUUGGGAUCUCCCCAUCUCAAGGGGAUGUAGGUUGUCUUUUGGGUAUCAAAAGGCGUAGGUCAGGUCAAGGUGUGUCCUAAAUCAGUCCUUUGCGUCGCUCGUUUUACACACACACCCACACAAUUUCCCUCUCCCUCUCUUUCUGCAAAUGCAAAUGCAUCUCCAUCGGACGCGUGAUACUCGAUGCUCACUCUACGUAGAGAGAUCAUCGUUGCAAAGAGACAAUGCAGACGUAGAUAGUAGGGAAAACAGAGAGAAACUGAAAGCUUAAGUACGACAGAAGGGCGCUGAUAAACGAAAAUCACUGUAGCAGCAGCAGCAGCAGCAAGAGGGCGGUCACUGAGGAAGUGAUACGUCGAUGAGAAAGCCCCGAAACAUGAUUAACCAGUGCCGAUCAAGAAAUUUGAGGCAAUUAUCAAUUCGGAAGUAACCUCCAAUUUCCCUCUCAUUCGUCUUUUUUUUUCUUCUACUAUCCAAAAUCUAUUGUCUAGGGAACCAUAGAAUACGCACAAUAACACAACCGAUAAAACCAUUCCAGAUCACAUGGAAACGCAUCAAUUAAAAUUGAGUUCAACGUGUUACGAACUUUGCGGUGACUGGUUGCUGUCGGUAGUGUUAAGAGAAUCCCGAAAAGAUUCCAGGUGUGUUUCCUCAGUCCCAAUCUACAAGAACUCAGAUUUCUUCUUUUCCAUCAUUCCCAUUCUAGUUUGUAAUAUGCAAAAUUUACUGUACUACAAAGUUGGUACAAAGAAAGUCAGAAUCGGACACUUAUCUUUUCUUUAUGUUUCUCGAGCAUACGUUCUUUAUGUUCUUGAACAGCAUGCGACGAAAGGUAACGUUAAGACAGAUGUUCUGCUCAUGCUUGCCAAUUGGCAAAUGAAUUAUAAUUUCCUAUCAAUAGAUGCCUUCCUUUUUCACCGUAUACUCCACCGUAUUCCUUUUCUGGGCACUUGGCCUUGGCUUCGCAAACCAUUUGGCCAGCGGUUUAUGAUUGCCUUUUUUCUAUCCAAUUAUUUCCAUUAUUUGCCAUAUCUUUAGUUCGUUGAUGGUUGAAAGACGACUCUAAUGGAAAUAGGUUUGGAUAUACGCUAAUACCUUCGCUAUAGUGGCGUGCUAUACUAAAAACUAGAAUUGUUAACAGUCAAGCCAGCCAGCUAAAGCGCAUGCUUUGGCAUCACAAUUUCCUGACAGUACAGUACAGCCGUUCAUUUCUCAGUUCUUCAAUCAUCCAUUGCAUUCCUUUGAAAACAUAUGUUUUUAGCUUCUCUUCUAUCACAGAUCUUUAUAUUAUCCUACGUUUACCGCUUACAAAUAAAAUUCUAAUUGGUGGAACAAUA